AUGUCGACCACGGCCUCCUCGACGACGCCGACGGUCACGGGCUCGUCUAGCUCGGCCACCCCGACCACGACCUACGGCUACCCGUACUGGGGCGGCAGCAGCGGCUUCUCGUCGACUUGGGUCACCUGGGUCUCGGUCGUCGUCGUCGCCGGCGUCGUCGUCGCCCUGCUGUGCUCGCGCUACUUCUACAUUCGCCGCUUCUACCACCGCCCGACCUUCCGCGCCUACUUUGUCCCCGACAAGGGCAUCCACCUCAAGUGGCUCGGCAUCCACAUCGCCGGCCCGCCCCACCGCAUCCCGCGCGAGCCCCCACCGUCGUACGCCGCGACCGCGCGCAGGCGCAGGCGCCGAGGCCGCCAGACGGCCGGCGAGACGGUCGCCGAGGGUGGACGCCGCAUCGGCGCACGCGACGACGACGACGGCUGGGACGACCUCGACAUGGUCGAGCGCGGCGGCCCAGGAGGAGGCCUCGUCCCCGCCGUCCCGGCCACGCUCGACGAGCUCCCGCGGUACUACGUCGACUCGGGCCUGCCCGGCUACACCGGCGGCGAGGGCGACGCCGCCGACGAGGCCGAGCGGAUACGCGCCGAGGCCGCCGCCGCGGGCGAGUCGAGCGUGAUCCCGAGUGCCGCAGAGUACGAGGCGGCGAUCCGCGCCUCGCGGGAUCCAGCCGCCGCCGCCUCGACGGGCGCAGAAGCGUUCUCGAACGAUCAGCACCCGCCGGCGUACCCUCCCGCAGCGCACCUCUCGGCGCCGACCCCGGCCGACGUCCCCGCACGCCCGGCGCGCCCGACUCUGCCCGGCCGCACGAGCACGGCACGCUCGGCGCUCCUCCUUUCUGCCUUUCGUCGCGCGCCCUCGCCCUCGCCCUCGCCCGAUGUCGCCGCUGGCGCUUCGGCUCCCGCCGAUGGCCCGCCGCACGCGCUCGGCGCGCCCUCCUCGUCGUCGUCCUCGUCGGCCACCUUCGACUCGGCGCCCUCGUCGCCCCGCACGCGACCCGCUGACCUCGAGCGCAGCGCCUCGAGCGAGUCGACCUCGAGCGCGUCGACCAAGCUCGGCAAGUCGGCCGCUGCAUCGAGCUCGUCGGUCAAGGGCAAGCGGUCGCUCGCGCUCGAGGACGACGACGGCGACGAGUCGGCCGACGCGAGCUCGUCGAGAGUCAAGCUCGACGGCGGCGACAAGGCGCACGAGGGCGGCAAGGGCGGCGAUGCCUGAGCCUCUUUCUGCUCCCCGCCGUCGUCUCGGGUUUCCCUCUCCCGGUUGUACCAGCUGCCCUCGCCGCCCUCCCUUCCUUUACAUAGACGAUCUUCUCCACCCGUCUCUCAUCCUCUUUGCUCUGUACUCUCCCCUUUCCUCGUCUGUUGCACCUUGCCUCCCUCCCCCUCCUCGUGUAUCCCGCCGGCCCUCUCAUGCAUCGACGAACUGCAGUACCUCUCUCUCUCUUG